CAGUCACUUAUCUACAUGCUCUUCAUUAGCUCAACAUUGAACAGCCAUAAACUUGUUUGUAUUUGAAAUUAUAAGUUUUGUUAUUACUAUUACUAUUAUCAUCAUCUCAUCCCGGAUAAUGAUAUAAUCGCCAGAAUAGGAGAGAUUGCUUUACGUCGGCCCUCAGCAUUUUCAUAACAAGAUUUGUAACUCUAAAGUAAAAGGUACCGUAUUGACGUUUCAAAUAUAGCCACGAAUCCUGGUUUUGUGUGCCCAUCACUUCGUUACGCCUAUAUAUUUUGUAAUUACAGAAUCUUCAUCAUUAAUAGCCACUUUGGGAAUUUCAAAAUCGGUAUAGUAAUACUUCAGUAUUCGAAAUUGACUGCAUCAGGAUAAGAAGAAUUACCAAUCCGAAAAAUGCAAGCAAAUGAAUUGGUCACCUAUAAUCCAGGAUUCACUGCAGGUCUGGAAAACAGGACGCUUUCACCCAAUGAUUCGGAUCUGAGCUUGAAUAAUGUUUAUGAUGCUGGUUUUGUACUAAACGAAACUUUGGUCAAGAUUUUUGUCUGGUUCAUAUAUAUAAUGGUGUUCGUUACAGGAUGCAGUGGAAAUAUCCUGGUUAUGAUUGCCAUACAUCAAUGUCGACAGCUGAAGGGUGUGCCAGCGAUGCUGCUGGUGAGCCUAGCCAUAGCUGACUUUUUAGUGUGCCUUUUGAUCGCACCUGCGGAAAUCUAUGCAUACAUGGCUGUCGAAUUCCACUUGGGAGCGUUUCUUUGCAAAUUCAUUACUUUUCUGAAUCAGCUUGUAUUUACUUGUUCUUCGUUCACACUAACCAUUAUCAGUGUCGAGAGAUUGUACGUUGUGAAAUAUCCUCUGCAGGCGCGAUCUGUUAUCACAACAAGACGGGCUCGGUUUGUUAUUGUUGGGACUUGGUUGUUCGCUGUGUUGUGCGCAGUACCAAACACAUAUAGGCAGGAGCAUAUUAACCGGGUCCAUGGCAUAUACAGAUGGUCAGUGUGUAUUCCGAACGAUACAAAACCUUGGAUAGAAUUGAACGCCUUGUUCGAUUUCUUUGUUAAAUUCGCCUUUCCUGUACUUAUCAUGGCGAUCUCGUACGCAGUCGUUAUUGUCACUCUCUACAAAAGUACGAGACAGAGCAAACGAUUACAGAGUAUAAAGAUGUCGGAUAACAAGAUUAUCAAAUCGGCUUCAAACGGUGAAACGACGGAGUUGACGAAUAAGUCCGUCAAAAAUAUGGCCAAGAAAACCAAAGCGGAAAAACAACAGGCCGACAGGAAUCAGGCAAUCAUUAUGCUUCUCAUUGUCGUUGUGUUGUUCUUUGUAACUUGGGGACCGUUCAUGAUAUAUCAACUCCUGGACCGUUUAAGUGUCAUUGACGCUCACUUAACCAGUGUUAAUCGGCUUAUCUUCAUAAUAGUGAGGAUGUUAGCUAUAGCAAACAGCUGCAUGAACCCAUUUCUCUAUGUGUUUAUGUCAAAAAGUUUCCGAUCAGCCAUUACAGCCACUUUAUGUUGCCGCAGAGAGCGAACAGGUCUGGCGAAAACAAGCAACAUUGGACGCAGCAUAUCAGGUGGCCUUAGCACCAAGACCACCACAAGUCACUACAGCAUAUCGGGCAUCAACUAAUGACGCAACAGCAAAUUUGUUGUUUUUUUUUAAUUUGAAAUACAAAUUGGAAGAAGAGCAGAUUGUUGGCCCUACCCAGUUACAGGAACAGGGAAAUAGAAACGUAUAUAGAUAGCUGUAUAGGUUUUAUUAGACGGGAUCUAUACAAAUUCUGAAGUACAACGUCUUGAUAUGUAAUUUAGAUAUUUAAUAUUGUAUUGAAUUGUUUAUUUAUUUAGCGCAUUUUCAGAUAAUUAAUUGAUUAUUCUUCAUUGGGCUUAAAGGUAAAAUAUGAUUAAGUCUCGAGACACAGAACAGCAGCGCAUGUGUGGUAUGUAUGUUACUGUCACCAGGGAACACAUUUCACUAUUCCCUGCUGUCACUAGAAACAAAUACAGCGACGUGCUUUUAUGUUUAAACCUACUAAGUAUCGGGUACCUAAUGGCGACUGAUAGUUGCACAACAAACAAUUAAAUGUCAUUUAUAUUCAUUAAAUGUAAUUCGUGAUAUGUAUUAGUAGCCAACGUAACGUAUCGUAACAUGUAAUGGUGUAGUGUGACAAAUCGGAUCAAUGAUGACUGUGUUACAUUCUAAAAUAUGAAAUUACAUUAUGUACAUAAAAUAUAUUUUCCUUAAUAUUCAUAUUGAUGUAAAUAAGAUGAUAUAAAAUAAUAAUAGGAACAGUAUCCAAUUAUAAGCGAUUUUAUGAUUGUAUUGAGCAUAGCCCUU